AUGUACACGGAAGAUGUAGAAGUAAGUGACAAAAAGAAACCAUACUAUGAAGUAGUAAAUGCCAAUUUAGCUUCCGAUGGAAACUAUACGUGUAGGGUCAACGACAGACAUGGACGUACAUUUACACAUAAGUAUAUAGUGGAUGUCGGCUACCCUCCUACAUUGUACGAAGCAUCGACACAUUUGACAAGUAGAUGGCGUGGUACGUUAAAGAGUAUCAUAUACAACUGUGACAGCUAUGCAAAACCACAAGCCGAAGUCGUUUGGGAGUUCAACGGCAAAGUUAUAACGGAGAAGGAUAUAUUGCAAGGGGGUGCUACAGCUAAAUGGGGACAUUACAAGUGCACAGUGUCAAACGUACAUGGAUCGGUAGAGAGGAGUUUUCAUGUCAACUCGACUAUAAUAUGCUUCAUAAGGAGAUCAUUGGAAGACGAAAACAUUCCGCUCAUGUUAACAACAAAUUUGACAUUGCCAGGAUCAUGGCGACAAUCACACUACAAAUUAUUUUCAGAAGUUCCCUAA